UCAGAAAUAAACAAGCGGUCGUCUUUAAAAGGAACCUAACAAUUUAAAUUGUCUCUCAUUUCAGAUUUCUGCUUUCAUAAAAAAUGAUUUCGAAGUUUAUAUUAAUUUUAUUGUUGACUUUGCUCCGUUCACCUAUGGAAGCAGCCGAAGAAAAUGGCAUAAAUUCGGAAGAUAACAAUAGUCAAGAAAGUUCUGGAAAAAGCCUGGACCCCGAUGUGAUACAGAAUGUAUUGGAAAAUCUUAAGGACGUCGGGGAUAUUAAAGAAGAAGAUGAGAAGAAAGAAAGUUCUGAAAAAAAAUUGGACCCCGAUGUGGUACAGAAUGUAUUGGACAAUCUUAAGGACGUUGGUGAUAUUACAGAAAAAGAAGAGAAGAAAGAAAGUUCUGAAAAGAAUCUGGACCCCGAUGUGAUAAAGAAUGUAUUGGAAAAUCUUAAGGAUGUCGGGGAUAUUAUAGAAGGGACGGAAAAAAGUGCAGAUAAUGCUCCUGAUGAAGAUACAGAUAAAGAAACCGAAGAUACAAAGGGAAAGAUUAGGAAAGUUCGUGCAGCUGGAACACCAUAUCCGGCAAAUGAAACAACUACAGCGACUUCUUUCAGUUUUGGUAUUGGGAAAGAUGGCAGCGGCGAUUCUGAUGAAGCACAUUUCAACUGCGAAUGUGAACUCGGGAAUUAUUGUAAAUGUUGCAGCCACAUUAAGAUAAUGAACUUUGAACUUGAUAAAAAAGGUUGUAUUCAAAUAGAAUAUAUAUCGAAAGAGCUUGGACUGAAUCUAACAUUUAUUCUAGAUGAAAUCGUAGUAUUUACCAAAUCAUUUACUGUCCUCAUUGCAGAACCGCUGUGCUUUGAUUUUCCCGGACUGUUACAGUACUUUGGUGAUUUUUGCAUCCAUGUGAAAACAGAUGAUGACACUCUUGAAGAUAGAUUAAACGUAUGCAUGAAUCUACAGGCGAGAAUAUUUAAGAAUGCUAUAAAUACCUUCAAAGUUGGGUGUGUUGACCUUCCGAAAAAGAGAAAAUAAAAGCUAAAGUGCCAUAGCACAGUAUUUAUCUUUGUUUAAAGACUUAAAAACAAAUGCUGUAAUAGAAUUUAAAUAAGGUUCAAUAAUUAAUAUGGUUUAUAAGGUAAUUUAAUUAAGGUUUAAUAAAUACUUAUUCU